AUGACCUUCCUGCAUCUGCUGCUGGAGAAGUCUGCGGCGGUGGCUCGGCUGCUCCCCACAAUCCUCUGCAGAGCCGAGCAGCUGGCGGCCUCACAUGUCGUUUUGGUUGUUGUUUUCGGUCGAGUGCUCGUCAUCAUCUCCAUCUCCCACUUCAGGCAGCUGCACACCCCGACCAACGCCCUGCUGCUGUCUCUGGCCGUGUCCGACCUGGUGGUGGGGCUGCUGGUGAUGCCCAUCGAAGGUCUGCGCCACAUGGAGACGUGUUGGCUGCUGGGGAGGCUCAUGUGCGCUCUGACUCCUUUCCUGUCUUACUGCCUGCUGUCGGCCUCUCUGGGCAACAUGGUGCUCAUAUCUAUCGACCGCUAUGUAGCCAUCUGUGACCCGCUGCUGUACUCCUCUAAGAUCACCCUGAACAGAGUUAAAACUUCCAUCUGCUUGUGCUGGGCCUGUUCUCUUCUCUACAACGGGUGCAUUCUGAUGGGACACUUGGGGCAACCGACCAGGUUCAGCACCUGCCACGGGGAGUGUGUGGUGGUCAUCAGCCACAUGGCCGGCACAGUAGAUCUCUGCUUCUCGUUUGUCGGGCCUUGCACUGUCAUGGUCGUCCUGUACAUGAGGGUGUUUGUUGUUGCCAUGUCUCAGGUGCGUCUCAUUCAGUCGCAGACAGCUGCUUCCACCAUCACUGCAGCUCCAGCUGCUAAAAAGUCAGAGAGAAAGGCAGCCAGGACACUGGGGAUUGUGAUUGCUGUGUUUCUAAUGUGCUUCUGUCCGUAUUACUAUCCUGCUCUCACCGGUGAGGCCACCUCCACCAGUCUGUCUUAUUACGCCUUGUUGUCUUGGAUCAUGCUGACUAACUCCUGUGUGAACCCUCUGAUUUAUGCUCUGUUCUACCCCUGGUUUAGAAGAGCUAUCAGGUUCAUCUUCACCCUCAGAAUUCUGCAGCCUCACUCUCGGAAGAUCCAGAUCCUGUAG